AUGGCCGCCAAACCCCAAUUGAGCAACCUCCCCGCCGAGCUGCGCGCCGAGAUCUGGAGCCUCGCGCUCCUCCCCUCUCCCGGCGUUUAUCGGUGCGACCCGCACAAAUUCAUCUACGCCCGCGGGAACCGGUCCCAAGUCGAGGACGCGCGCUGGCUGAUCCCGAAGCGCCGCUGGCCCACCGUCGCGCACCUGUGCCGCGAAUCGCGCCUCUUUGCCCUGGGCGUUAUGGAAAAGGAGUCGGAGGAAAAAUCGUCCGUCUGCUGCAUUGGGCAGGAUGCGCGGCCUUUUAUGCCCGAAAUCGACACUUUUUGGUUCGACGACGGCGACGACGGCACGACCCUGCAUCACCACGCCGUUAUCCACGAACGCGGCGUCGUCGGCGGCCGCGUCCAUGUCAUCCGGAACCUCGCCGUGUCGGCGGCGCUCGUCCAGUCGUGCCGGCGACACGGCGUCAUUUCGAACUGGGAUUCGUAUUUGUUCCAGGGCAUCGGGCGUUUCGAGAACCUGCGGCACGUCGACGUUGUGUUCGGGCCCGUGCCGACGGACACGCGAUGUGAUGGUUACGAGACGGACAAGGACUGCUGGACGGCCGCAGCCCGGGACCAGCUCCUGGAAGAGUACGACGGUCAGGUCGUCCUCACCGGGGUGUACGACGUGCCGGAGCUAUGGUUGGAGGAGAUAUCGGGCCCAGAUUCCGAGAUUACCGGGUUAUGGGCGGACAAAAACCAAGGCCAAAACCCGGGAGUCGUCAAGGAGAAAUUGGACAAGGUGCGCGACGACGUGUACCGUGGCUUUAGAAUGAGGGCUUCAUACCUGGCAAAAUACCCGCCGCGGCGGCCCCAAGGGCAAGAAGAUGCGACGAGAGCUGCGUCCGGACAGGAACAGGGACAACAACAACAACAGGGCGCCGCUGAGUUUGCUCAUCGGGAGAAAGAUCUGUCUGAAAUCACGUUUCAUGCCGCACGCAUGAUCGAAUCGACGAGAUUCCGGGGCCGGACGAUUCGCAAGUCCUUUCCUUCCUGGUACUUUUCCGAAGAUUACUAUAGCGAUGACUUGGGGCCCCCAAGCAGGCCGCUGAGCGUGAAGAAGGGAGGCUCGCGAGUGGCACCCGCAUUUGGGUGA